GCCCUGAGUGAGGGGGAGGCCGCUUCUCGUCGCUGUGGGCUGUAGCGCAGAGGCGCGACGUGGCCUCGCCCGCUGUGGGGCCGGGGGCUGGCUACGGGUCCCAGUGUGCUCGGGGUGCCUCGUCCGUACCCCUCCGUCCUGGGUCGGUGCCGUUUGACCGAGCUGUUGGCGUGGCGAGAGGGUUAUCUGUGUUUUUCUCCAGUGGUGGUGUGUGUUGGCGGUCCUGUUGGAGGAAAGUGAGGAGGAGGCAACACAACAGGGCAUAAGCAAUCCAGGAGGUUCCUAGAGUAUGCCGAUAACUUUCUUCUCUACAAGAAGAGCUCUUGUGGACCUCGUACUCACCAGCAAUUAGAAGCUUCAUGGAAAUGCAAAGGAAUUCUGUCCAACAUGUUUUCUGGGUGGAACUGGGCGGUCCAUUGCUUGUACCUGUUUUUGAAUAUUUGUUCCUUUGAAGUUUCAGGUGGACUUGUACAAUCAUGUGGUCACAUCAUUCCAGAGUCUCCAGUGUUGGCCCUAGGUUCCAAUUUCACAGCAUUGUGCAUUUUGAACGAGAGUUGCCUUGACUUUGGCAAUAUAUAUGCUAGUCAAAUUAUAUGGAAAAUUAAAAAUAAAGUGGUACCUAAAGAACAAUAUCGUGAAAUAAACAGAACUGUUUCUAGUGUCACAUUUAAUGACACUUCUUCACUAGCUACUCCUCUGACAUGCAACGUUUUAGCAGAUGGACAGAUUGAGCAGAAUAUUUAUGGAAUUUCAGUUACAGUAGGCUUGCCCCCAGAGAAGCCUGAAAACUUAAGUUGUAUUGUGUAUCAGGUGUCAAAACUCACAUAUCCUAUGGAAUGUACCUGGGACCCUGGAAGACAUACAUUUCUGGACACUAAUUUUAGGUUGAAAUACAGGUGGUCACGAGAAAGCUUUCCUGACUGCAUACCAAAAUAUGUUAAUAAUUCUUGUACCAUUUCUGAUGUUCAGUUCUUUGUUAACCUGGAGGUCUGGGUAGAAGCGGCAAAUGCUCUUGGAAAGGCUGAAUCUGAUCGUCUUGUUUUUGAUCCCAUUGAGAUUGUCAAACCACUGCCUCCACACAACCUAUCAGUCAACUCAGGAAUACUCCCUACUGUUCUGAAGCUUUCCUGGGAGAACCGGAUUUCAGCAGCUGUGAUGAAACUGAAAUUCAAUAUUCGCUACAGGAUCAGUAGUGAUACAAACUGGAUGCAGGUUCCUCCUGAAGAUACAGCUUCACCAAGAACUUCAUUCAGCGUUCAAGGCCUCAGACCAUACACAGAGUAUGUCUUUUCAAUUCGAUGCAUGAAGGAAGAUGGAGUGGGCUUUUGGAGUGACUGGAGUGAAGAAAAGGUUGGGGUCACCACUGAAGAUAAACCAUCUAAAGGGCCGACCAUAUGGAGGACCAUUGAUGCAUCUCCCUCACCAGCUUUCUGGACUGUACGACUGAUGUGGAAGGCACUAGAGCCGUUUGAAGCCAAUGGAGUAAUCUCGCAGUAUGAAGUGACUGUCAGAGCUAAACCACCCCUCUCCCAUCCACCACAGAAGUACAACGUUACUACCACCAGCCUGACAUUAAAGUUGCCAAAUGGAACUUAUGAGGUGACUUUGAUUGCUCAUAACAGAGUAGGGGCAUCCCCUCCAUCAGUUUUACUUAUCCCAGCAAGUAAUUCAAAAGCUCCUGUGAAGAAUAUUAGAACACUACCUAAAGAUGGCAAAUUGUGGGUAGGGUGGAUUGCUCCUAAUAAUGUUCUUAAAUACGUCAUCGAAUGGUGUCUGAUGUCCAGCAGCUCAGACUGCAUCACAGAGUGGCAGAUUGAACCAGGAAACAUUCAAGGAACAUACUUAAAAGGUGACAUUAAACCAUUCAAGUGUUACUUGAUAACUGUGUACCCUCUGUAUGCUGAUGGCCAGGGAAGUGGACAGUCUGUGAAGGCUUACCUGCAGCAGGAUCGUCCUUCAAAAGGACCAACUGUUCAGACAAAAAAAGUAGGAAAAGCUGAAGCUGUUUUGACAUGGAACCGUCUCACAGUCGAUGAGCAAAAUGGAUUCAUCAGAAGUUACACAAUAUUGUACAAAACUGUCGAUGGAAAUGAAACAGCUGUGUCAGUGGAUCCAUCCAAGACAGAGUAUACCCUCUCUUCUCUAACCAGUGACACGUUGUAUACUGUGCGGAUGAUGGCAUACACAGACGAAGGAGGCAGGAGUGGUCCUGAUUUUACUUUUACUACACAGAAAUUUGGGAGAGGAGAAAUUGAAGCCAUAGUUGUACCUGUGUGUCUAGCAUUCCUGUUGACUGUACUCCUUGGAGUUUUGUUUUGCUUCAACAAACGUGACUUAAUUAAAAAGCAUAUCUGGCCUAACGUUCCUGAUCCAUCCAAGAGUAACAUUGCUCAGUGGUCCCCUCAAGUUCCAGCUAAGCACGCCUUUAGUUCUAAAGAUCAGAUGUACCCAGAAGGCAGUUUUACAGAUGUGAGCGUCGUAGAAAUAGAAGCUGAUGACAAGAAGUCUUUUUCAGAACAAGAUCUAAAACCUUUUGAUUUGCUCAAAAAGGAAAAAAGUACAUCAGAAGGGCACAGCAGUGGUAUUGGAGGAUCCUCGUGCAUGUCUUCUCCUAGGCAAAGCGUCUCUGAUAGCGAUGAAGGUGAAACUACUCAAAACACUUCAAGCACUGUGCAGUAUUCAACUGUAGUACUUAAUGGCUACAGAGAUCAAACACCCGUACAAGUCUUUUCAAGGUCUGAAUCUACUCAGCCUCUGCUAGAUUCAGAAGAGAGAUUAGAGGAUCAUGCUGGAGGGAGUGACAGUACACAAAGGCAGCAUUAUUUCAAACAAAAUUGUGGUCAGGAUGAAAUCAAGACAGACAGGCCAUUCUUUGAAAGAGCAAAGCAGAUUAUUCCAGCUAAUGAGGAGGAUCUCGCUGGGUUUGCACAACUGCAGGUCUCAGGUCAGAGUUCACAGUCUCUAGGUUUUGAGCUAGAAGAAAAUACCCAGGAAGCUACUGUACCAGAUGUUUUACAGACAAGUACUGAAGGACAGACUGUGAGACCUGAAACAGUGGAGGAAAACCUACCCUCAGUUGACGAAAUGCCAAAAAGUUACCUCCCGCAGACUGUGAGACAAGGGGGUUAUAUGCCUCAGUGAGAGAAGAGACUGGCUGUAUUAGGCCUUUGUUAGUGCCUGUUCACAUUUUUUUUUCCUGUGUUUCUGAUAAAUUAAGCUAGGUAUUUUUAUCUGAAUGCAGAUAGAAAUAUUAAAAUUAGGUGAAAAAUAAUUUGACAAGAGUACAAUAAGGACUAUGUUUCCGUGGAUGAUCUGCAGUCCAGACUUACUGGAGACUUACUUUUAUGCACUACAUGAAAUGAUGUUUGUCUGAAAAGCUGAACAAGCCUAUGUGCUACCUUACUUUUUGUCUUGUCAUAUCAGAUUUACACAUGAUUGAAAAUAGCAAGUUUCAGUUAAUCACAUUGGCCAACAGACCUCCUAGAAGAAAUACUUUGAUUUGUGGCAGUGUACACACCUAAAAAGCCAGCUUUGGUUGCUUGGAGCAUCUUUGUGCAAAAAUGUGACUGAAGUUCAGCAUUCUAAAGUUUAAAAAUACUGCAUCAUACACUUUUCGAUAGCUUGAUUAACUUUCUGGAUUUUGACUUGGCCCAGUGUCACAGUUUCAGACUUAUCGGACUCAGUAUGCAAAUCGUGCAUCCCCGUUUAAAAACUACAUAGAAGUUGUGAUGGUGUGCAGGUAAAAUGCUACGAUUGCUUGACUCUGAGUGCUACUAUAGUCACUGAUACUCUGUCUAUAUUUAGAUAUGCUUGCACAUGAAGUAUAUAAUAAUUUGGCCUAAAAGUGUGCCUCGCUACUGGAUGCACAGCAGUGCAGUCUUCAUGGCUAAACGUUAAAUCCAGAUGAAAACACAGAUAAAGAAUUAGUUAAAGAUUUUUGAACCUGAGUCACUUCCUGAUUAUACUACAUCUCUCUGGACAUAUUAAUUGCCUUUGUAUAGUAAGUGCCCCUUUGGCAGUAUACUGCUUGAGAGGUAAAUAAUGGGCUGAAGCAUUUCACGGUUCUUAUAAGUGCCCAGGAGAAGGGGAAUAAGAUCUUCUUCCUGAUUGACUACAAAGAUUAAUACCACAGGACUUCCUUGAAACAGAACAUAGCAAAAAACCAAAGCACUCAAGUCAUUGAAGUGCUUAGGAAAAAAAAACCUACCCUGAACUUGAGAGUUACUGACAACAUGAAUCUCUUAUCCAGCAUAAGCCACAGAUAACAUUUGUGGCUGCUGAAAUUCCUUAUGUCUCACUUCAGCCCUGUUCAGAUGUUCGGAGUUUUACUAAAGAAGGUACAUACAAUUGCAUUCAUAUAACCCUAUUCCCUAAUGAUGCAAUUUUACAACACUCUUGUAGAUGUUUUUCUUAGUCUAGUCAGCUUUUCUAACUUGACACUAAUAACCUUCAUUCAAAACACUACAUGCUGUUCUGUGAGAAUAAAACAAGAGUUUUAAUUCUCCUUCAGCAAAAGAAGGGAGACCUCCAGAAACUUUCAGUGCUGUGAUUCCUAGUGCUGCUGUCCUGCAGAGCACUUGCUAAAGGCCUUUGAAGAACAGAUGGAAGUAUGAUGUUCACCUCUUAUGCUUUUGUUACAAAGGAACUCAGUGCUAGAGUAAAUUCAAAAUAAUAUUAUUUGAACUCUGGACUACUCAAAACAGAUAAAGAGUUCUUAAACUUCAAUAACAUUUUAUUCAAUACUCUGCAGUUCCUUUCUGCUUACAGUAUUUGUCAUGUCUGGGCACUUUUUUUUAACUAAAAUGUGAUGUUGCAGGUUACUGUAACUGUACUUUUCUUCAGAACAGACCACCUUCCUUCCUCCCUAUGCCACCUCAGCACGUUCAGCCUCUUCCUGCAGAGAACAAGGCAUAAUGAAAGCUAUACUGUCACGAGACAGAGGAGGUGUGUCUGGUUUUCCAAAGGCUGAAGGAGCAUUCUGUUGCCAGAACACAUUCCUCUUGGCAAAUGACAGCAGUGAGUUUGUGGAGGGAUAGGUAUGUCUUCUUUAAUCAAACUUCAUAGUGACCAUGGAAGCCACGAGUAAAAGGGAAGCUCUCUUCACAGUGUGUGUGCUUACUCGAACUGCCCCUGCAGCCACGUGCUGCCUAAUUCACCCUCUGCUGAUCUCUGAAAUGUUUUGGGCUGCGAUUUUUAUGGCUGCAGUCUGGCCGCUUAGCUUGAAUGUUGCUUUAAAAAAUGUUGCUUUAAACAUGCUAUCUUUCAUCUGUGAUUCAGCGAUACUAACUUUCGGUAACAUAUGUCGUAUCUGAGAGACCGCUUCAGCUAUUCCUAAAGUUACUAUACUCUUUCUGUCAUGUAGAGGGAAAGCAUUUUCUUCUCAGUUGCUGUUAACCAUGAACCGUUUCUGAAGCAAGUUAAACUUUGAAGUGAUUCCCCCUUUUAGGGUGGUCAUUGCUAACGAGGGUUCUGGUCUGUCACUUCUGGACUCUUAUUUCUUUGUAGUUUAUGAGCCUGUGGUAACGAACUCACAUAGCUGUACAACAGAAUAUCCUGCCGUGGGUUCUGUGUGGCAGAUUUACGUUCUGUCUUUCUAUCUUGUGCAUGUAUCUAGGGAUAAAACAGUGAAGACGAAACAGGAGAUGCUUCUGGGUGAAUAGCCUACAGAAGCCACAAACAGUCCGAGUAACAGGUUUGCUUACAACUUCAUAAACCUCUGCCAAAUGCUGUGUUGUACAGUGUUCGGGUUUAACUGGUUUUAUAGUUAGUAUGCAUUACAGCAGCAGAGUUGUAUAAGAGUUGCACACAGGUUUCAGAGUGUACGUAAUGCAUUUUAGCAAGCUGCUGAAAUUCUCUGAAUUUGGCCUGAACAUGAUAAUUAAAGGAAAAGCUUUUUUUUUCAAUAACUAUGGCGCACUUUACAAAAUAAAGGCAUUAUUAAAAUAAAAUCAUACUUUUCUACUGACACUUUAGUGCCCAUCUUGAUUACCCAGACUGGAAUUUUUCAAGUAGGGGUGGGAGAACGGGUGAGAAAAGCAUUCUGCAUCUCUUCUGCAGAGGGUAGGGAUGAUGAAUAAGGAGGAACUGUUUUUCCUGUAUUAUCACACUUGGAGCUGCUUUCAGGCACAGACUAACCCCUCCUCUGUUUGCAAGAAAAGUGCUUAUGUUAUUUCUGUAGUGGUAUUCGGUGUGCUCUGUUAGAACAGGAGGUUGGUGGGGUUGAUGCUGUGGCUUGUUUCCAUGGCACUUAGCAUGGGAAUAUCUUGUGCUGCAGUGAAAAAGUCUUGUGGUAAUGUUUCUGCUUACUGUUUUAAGCUAAGCUACCUACUAAGCCUUAAGCUAACAAGGCAACGGACAGCAGAGCAGAAAUGUUCUUACGUUAGUUUAGGAUUGCCUGUGAUAGGCUGCGCUGAUCAGUGUGACAGCAACCCAGCAAAGUGCUAAUUUAUCCAGAUUUGCAAAAAACUUUGGCCACAUCGCUGUGGCACAGAGCCGGGUGUCCCCUUGGCUGCCCCCCUGCUCACAAGGGCUGUUCUGGUUCUCAGCACUGAGAGAGCUCCUUCCUGCCCUGGGUUUGGCAGCUUCAGCUUUGACUGUAAAUUGUGAGCACCACCAGAUGGCUAAAACCUACAUGAGCACACUGAGGGAGUGUGGGAGUCGUACUGCUUUAACUUAGGUAACAUACCUAAUUAAUGCCAGGUCUUGAAUACCUAAGACCCAUGUCAAUAUAUGCUGCUAUCCUAUUGACUUCACAGUAGGAUCUGGAACUCCAGAGCAACUCAGAACUGGUGUAGUCAGCCCCUCCAGGACGUGUAUGCAUUAAAUUGUGGUUUAUACGCAUUAAAAGGGACUAAAUAGACCAGUCUGUCUUCUGUGAUUGAGACUAAGAGCUACUUAGGUACAUUCCUUGAAGUGCAUUGAAGAGUUCCACCGAUGGAUGGAUCCUGAAACUUCCCUGCUUCCUUGUAAAUGCUGAUCUCUUGGCUAGGAUGGAUACUUACAGGCAUUUUAUAUUCCUGUAGUUGCUUUUGAUGUUAUUUGGAAGCAGUUUAUAAUAGCAGAAGUAUCGUGUCAUCUGUCAUGGAGCAGCCCGCUGGUGACCACAGCGCUCAGUAAGGCAGGGAGCCUGCUGCAGGAAUCUGGAGAAGGGCAGAAUCACAUACUCCGUAGCUGGUUCGUGGACUCCUGUUUCUCUUCCCUAAAAGCAAAAGGAUUAGUUAAGAUGAAGCUAGAACGCGUCUGCUUUCUCUGUUGUUCCCUUUGUAGCACUUGUGCAAUCUGAGCCAUUCAUAAGACAGAGCAGUGUUGACUCUAUGCGCAAGGAUGCACAUCAAGGCCACAGACUUGUUGCAGACUACUCUAAUGACUACAGCCAGAGCACGGCGGGGCAGGCAACGAGUACCUCACAGCACGCAGCUCGAGGCAGGGCUGUGUGCGUGCAAGGACAGCCUUGCUGCUGGACACGGGCAGUGACGUCGUGGAUGCGCUGCAGGAGCACGCUUCGGUGAUAGCUGAGGAACGAGUGCACGGUGCUGCUGUCAGUGGCCGGCCGCCAUGCAGCUUUCUCCUGCCUGACCCUGCGCCUCUGGAACCGCUCACACAGCCGCCCUUCACAGCAAAGCACAUUUGUUCUUGGAUCCGCGUGGCUCGCUGUGGCCUGUUUAACGGAGUGGAGUUGUUCGGUGUCACGCAGUAGUGGGCGGUCUGCUCCCCACGUGCUUGUGGGACAGGAGGGAUAAGGGUGUACUUGAGGCUAUGUCACCACGGACAUCUCGGUAAGCGUAGUCGUAAGACAUGGGGAUAUUUAACAAGGAAAGUGCCUUGAUGCUGAACUGAACACUUAGUGAAUGUAAUGUUAAAUAGAAUUUAUUAUGUACCAUAUGGGGUUAUGGCUGCCUGAGCUACUGCUGAUGUGUAACCUCUGCCAGCUUUAAGCGUGUGCUGUGGCAGCCGGGUGAGCUGUGGGUGCUGCGUACACUGUCUCCAUACAGAAGUGUUUCCACAGCACUACACGACCUUCAUUUGCAAGCUGCAUGUUUAUUGUCAUAGAGACUCUGCUUUCUACAAUUUACUGUAAUUUUACUGUAACGUCUGAAUGUUUUUGUUACCCAGCUGAGCCUGAACGUUGCAUUUGUCUACUACAUAAUAUUAAAGAAAAUUCCGAACUGUG